UUCCCGAACUCUAUAGGAGGGGAAACACUGCUGUACAUGACUGCUCUCACUAAGUGGCGGCUAGCAUUCAGCGCGGUGGAUAUUAGCAGCCGUUCGAUAUUACGACUCGCCGACCAUAAACAUACCUCACCCCCCCAAAAAAAUUUCUCCUCGAAUUUAGACAAUAUACAAGAAUGACCCUGGCAAUGACAAAAUCAGCGGAAUUCCGCGGAUCUGCGGAAAAUUCUCAUCCCUGGACAUAGGAGGAAAAGAAGGUAAAUUGGACAUGAAAUUAAUAUUUUUAUGGGUCAAAAAGUUUUGAUCAUGAACAUGUUUCAGGUACAGGUUUUUAAAUGGCCAAAUGCAUAUAUACAUGGGAAUGUGUCUUCAUCCCUGACUGCCUGUUUGUAAUAAAAAUAACAACAUACAUACAUAUAAGUAGAAAUAAAAUAGUAAAACAGAACUGUUUAAUUGAGCUUUUUUUUUUUUUUUACCUCAAAAUGCACCAGAAUGCUAGUCUGGGAAUACCCAGACUGCCUGUGCACUCAUUGUCAUUUCGUUUACUAGGCAGUCUGGCGACCUGGGGUUGAAUUUGUCCCUGAGUCAGGGAUCCAAUCACAGGACGGGGAGGGACAGUUAGACGAUGACGCACACUAAGCGACUACGCGCAAUGCAUGAUGGGUUGUUCAUAACAAAAAAAGAUGGCGGCGGCUGCGUUCGACCAAGCAUUGGACAGAGUUCUGAAUAGUUUAGAAAGACCGUUUAUUUUAAAACAAGAACAGCGUUUGGCCUUAGAAGCUUUUGUCAACAAAAAGAAAGAUGUAUUAGCUUUACUGCCCACGGGAUUUGGCAAGAGUCUAAUUUACCAGUUAGCUCCGUUAGUUGCGAAGGAAAUCGGAUCUAUCAAGACCCCUGUUGUUGUGGUAGUGUCGCCAUUGAUUGCCUUGAUAGAGGAUCAGAUAAAGGAAGCAGCCGACCUCGGGAUUUCUGCGACUCAGUUGGGCCUCGGGGAAGAAAAAGACAUAAAGAGUUGCCGGUACCAGGUGGUGUUUGGCAGCCCCGAGGCAUGGCUAAGCGCCAAGUGGGAGAACAUGCUAUCCACCGAAGCAUACAAGACCAACCUUAUAGGCAUCGUCGUGGAUGAAGUCCAUCUUACAUACAAGUGGGGGAAUGCGGGGAGAGGACAAAAGGCCUUCAGAGAAAGCUUUGCAAGGUUGGGGGAACUUCGAGCAAUCGUCAAACCAGGAACACCUGUAUUGGCUUUGACUGCAUCAGCUGAUUUGCACUCAAGAGACAUUGUGAGAAGACGGCUACACUUCCAGAAUGCAGUCAACAUUAUUGUUAGCCCCAACAGACCCAACAUUAGACUUGCUGUAAGGCGGCUUGUGACAGACUCUCUAGACUGCUUCGACUGGCUGGUGAAGAACUUGAAAGAGAGAAGACUGGAUAUGUUACCAGUCAUUAUAUACUGCCGUACAAUAAACACUGUGACAAGAGUAUUCCUCCACCUGAAGUCUGAACUUGGGGACAGUGCCUGGGUAGGCGAAGAGAAAAAAGGUGACAAUCUCCUUAUUGGGAUGUUUCACAGCCACACUCUACCUGUAAACAAGAGUAGGGUACUGUCUUCAAUUAACGGAGAAGGGAACUGCAGAGUGGCUGUGGCAACUACAGCACUUGGAGUUGGCCUAAAUUUCCCCAAGGUCUCCCAUGUGAUCAUGUAUGGCUUACCAGAGGACCCAGAGGCCAUUCUCCAGCAGGUUGGAAGAGCAGGCAGAGAUGGCUCUCCUGCUCAUGCUGUUCUUUACGCAAACAAACAGGUUGCCAACACUGACAAUGCAGCAAAGACGGUUCUUCAAGAAAGCCUAAAUGGGUGUUUUAGGAAGGCCCUAUAUUCACAUUUUGAGGAAGAGGUAUCUAGUAUCAAGCCGGGACAUUCUUGCUGUACUUUUUGCCAUACAGUAUGCAAAUGUAACUCUGACUGUUGCUCUGUAGCUACACCCAGUUUUGAAAUGUCAAAAAAGAAUCUAUCACCUGUCAGAUGCAGAAAAGUCACAUUGCAUGAACAGGGACAGGUCAAAGAGCUGUUGGAGAAGUAUAGGGACAGUCUAAUUCCACCAGAUGAACACCUGUACACAAAUGUCUCACUCUGCACUGGUUUCAGCAAUGUGCUAAUUGAAACAGUUAUUGAAAGCCUUCCUGAAAUAUUUAACAUAACUGACAUUAUGAGCAAUCUUCCUGUAUUUGACAUAAAACAUGGCCAGGAAAUUCUCCGGAUCGUUCACAAAGUGUUUAAAGACUUUGAUUUGUGUGACUUCCCAGACACUUGUGAAGAACUGUAUUUGCCACCUGAUAUAGACUUCACCGGAUACUUUGAUUUUCAGGAUGAGGAUGAAGACACUACCAAGUCAUUAAGCAGCAUUGCAUCAGGCUUGUCUUUGCUCCCCCUCUCAGAUUAAUUUCUGAACUAAUGUAAAUAACUGUUGUCCAUGUCACCUUGAAUAAAAAUUCUAUUGUUAAACUCAA